GUUUGGUUGAAGGUGCGUGAAGGCAAACAAUGCGUAUAGUGCAAUGUGUGGUGAGCAGCCUCUGACCAAAAACCGUUAACGUCUCUCAACACAACACUGGAAAACAAAAUCUCACAAACUCUACAACAAAAGAAGAUACCAUAGAAUCUUCUCUUCUUUAUUCUUCUUUCUCUCUUCUCAUUCACCUUUCCCUCCAUAAUAACAUAACCACUGCACAUUCAACACAACACAUAAUAAUAAUGAGGGCGCUGAAUUCACACGUGCUCCUUAUAGAUCUCCACUACCACCCUCACGUGCCAACCUCUGCCCUCGCUUACCUCAGAAACUCCCACUUCAUAUCCCCUCUCCGUCGACGACCAACCCGUCUCCGAUGUACGGCUUCGCCGGAGAUUCGUCGCCCCUCCUCCGACCGCUUAUACGGCUCCUCGCCCUCCACCUCCCGCCCGGAGGACCUCAGCCUCUUCCUCGAACUUCUCCCUCUGAAGAUGCGAAGGGAGCUCUAUCGCCACCGCGAAAUUGGAGGCCUCAUAGAGGUCGUCAUGGAUUUGGGGAGAAAACCUCUUGCCAGGUUUCCCUCCGGCGAUUGGGUUAUCUCCGAACAACCCAUCGAGCACGAAGAUUUGCGCCACGCCAUUUCCAAGGUUGGUGAGUUUUCUGAUGACAACCGGUCGGGUAUUGAUAGGUCGUUGCAUCGGAUAAGUGCCAUUCGGAAUCGGAAAAUGCAAAUCAUUGGGCUUACUUGUCGGGUGGGUCGCGCUGUGAGUGGUAGUGCUGGAAUCAUACGUGAUUUGGUUGAGGAUGGAGGUUCUAUCUUGGUGAUUGGACCUCCUGGCGUCGGUAAAACAACUUUGAUUAGAGAGAUUGCUAGAAUGCUGGCAGAUGAGUUCAGGAAGCGUGUUGUAAUAGUGGAUACAUCUAAUGAAAUUGGAGGGGAUGGAGAUGUUCCUCAUGCAGGAAUAGGCAGAGCCAGACGGAUGCAAGUUCCAAAUGUGAAUCUUCAGCAUAAUGUUAUGAUUGAAGCAGUUGAAAAUCACAUGCCUGAAACCAUUAUAAUUGAUGAAAUUGGAACAGAGCUUGAAGCAUUGGCAGCCAGUACCAUUGCUCAAAGAGGAGUUCAAUUGGUUGGAACCGCACAUGGAAUGACCAUUGAAAACAUAAUAAAAAAUCCUUAUUUACAGAUUCUUGUUGGUGGCAUAGAGAGCGUUACCCUUGGGGAUGAGGAAGCCAGGAAGAGGAAAGUGCAGAAGACAAUUCUUGAAAGGAAAGGACCCCCAACGUUUUCAUGCGCUGUUGAGAUGAUAUCUAAAACAGAAUGCCGUGUUCAUCAUAGAUUAGAUGCAACUGUGGAUGCCAUUUUGGCAGGCAAACCUCCAUUGUUUGAAGUCCGUCAAUGGGAUGAUUAUGCCAAGGAUUUGGAAAACUAUGCUCCAGUGCCUGAAGAAAAUCUUAGAGAAACAUCUGGUUUAACUGACAAUAAUAUCACAAGUUCUGACAGUGAAUCUGGUAAGGGUGAUAAAGACCAUGCACGCACUUGGUCCACAAAAUGGAGUACUCGUGGACCUGUGAUGAAGAGAAGUUCACCAAUGCAAGUUUAUACUCAUAAGAUUCUUGAAGCUGAUCUAUUACAAGUAUCAAAGGUAAUGGGGCUUGAAGAUGUAAUAGAUGUGACUGAUGACAUUGGAACUGCUGAUGCAAUUCUAGCGACCGGUUCUGAGAUACGACAGAACCCAUGGAUCCGUGGCGUAGCAAAGUUCCAUCAUGUGCCAGUAUUUGUUAUCAAGUCCAAUACCAUGGCUCAAAUGGUCAAGGCAGUACGAAUGAUCCUUGGGCUAGAAUCCUUUGGCCGUACAACAAAUAAGUCAUUAAAUGACUGCUUGGAUAUUGAAAUUGAGGAUGAUGAGCCGAAACGAAAACCAUCUCUGGAAGAGAUUGAUGCCUUGGAGGAGGUCCGACUUGCAAUAGAGUACAUUGUGAUUCCUGGUGGAGAGGCUGUGGAACUUCUUCCUAGACGUUCUGAAAUUAUUGCCCUUCAGCUUGAACUGGUGCAAAGUUAUCAGUUGGCUGCUGAAAAGUCAGGUACAGAACAGAACCCCAGGUUGCAGAUUCUUCCCUUGAGGAUAAAUACCAAUAAACCCUCCAAAUCUACUACUUCUGUUGCCCGCAAGAAAACAACCUCAGCUUCUACUGAUGGCAGCGGCAAUGGCACCAGUAUUACCAGGCUUCCCAUUUUGCCUGAAUAAUUCAAUUCUUUUUUCCCAAUUCUAACAUAUUUCACUUCUGUGGUUCGUACAUGUAUUAUGUAUGUAACAUGUACAGUAUGAACGUGGGGUAAAUAAUUUAUUCAUAGCCUAAGAGCUUGUAGCUCAGUUGGGGUGUGAUAUCUAUGCCGGAAGUUUGAUCCUCCGUCAAGCUGUCUAUUCUUGUACCAAAGUGUAUGUAUUGAAAAAAAAAUCAAUUCAUAUUAAAUGUAAUAUAAUACAUCAUGGUUUUACUCCUCCAA